UGGGGGAGCCCUGGAGAAUCCAUGCAGCAGGCCAGCCCUUUGAGAAUACAUCCGAGCCCUCCCUUUAUGGGCAAUUGUGCUGUUACAGGCUGCAAAAGCAGGCAAGAAACCCAUGCAGCAGCUCCUAGUGGGCAGACAGAACCGAGCAGGACACAAUAGUGAUAACUGCUAUAGUGGAAUUUGUGCUGACACCUGUCAAUCCACUGUUUCUUCCUGGCCAUCCCCCUCCCUUGAUCACCUCCACCACACAAUGUUUGCAUGGCCUGGAGAAGGGCAGACAUUGCCUCAAAGAAGAGUGAAUCCCUUAAAAACAAUUAAAAUGCAACAAUACUCAUCACUUGCUGAAUACUGUCCGGGCCUGACUGUUACAAGUGUUUGCAGUUCCAUAGCUCUAGUGCUGGAACAUGAGUCAUCAGCUGUGUCUGCACAAUCUGUCUGCUGCUUUAUUUAGGGGUCUAGAUGUGAGGAUGGUAAAAGGAGCCUUCUGUGUCCAUGACAACUGCCGGAGCUGGUGAGCUCUGAGGCCAGUGAGAGGAAUGGCUACUGUUCAGGAAGGCCAGGGAGGGUGAGCAUCUAGGUAGAGAUUGCAUUUAAUGCUACCCGAGAGAUUCACAGUCAGUGGGGCUGAACUUUGGGUUUAUUGGGUUAAUAACCACAAAUAGUGAGCCAAAUGCUGCAGUUAGUUACACCUGACCUGGAGAUGUUCCCUGGACUUCGGUAACUGGAGUUCUAUCCCAUAACUAAGGCCAGGAUUCAGCCCGCUGUCCCUACGCAUUCCCUUAGCAUGGAGGUGGGCAAAGUACGGCCCGUGGGCCACAUCCUGCCCGCAGGACCCUCCUGUGUGUCCCUGAGCUCCUGGCCCGGGAGGCUAGUCCCCGGCCCCUCCCUCGCCGUUCCCCCUCCUCAUGCUGCCCGUGUAGAGUAUUAAACGGCUUCGCGUGGGAAUGUGCUACGGUAGCAGUUACGGAGAGCAAUUUACCACACGACACCGGCACAGCGCUUUGGGCGGCGCGGCUGCAGCGACUCCAGCCGACGGUGCUCUGUGCUGCGCGCCCCUGAACCGGAGCAGAAGAUCCUGUUGCGACACUUCCCUGGUUUAAUCAGUGACCUCAUAGGAAUCGGUUCAGCACGGCAGCCACCAGGCUCUGCAGAUCAGUGUGUGGUCUCCCUGUCAGGGCUCUGAUCACCAUCUCUCCCCACUCCCUUCCCUGCUACUGCAGAUAUGGAGCCCAGGGUGUUGCAGCUCCUUCUCAUCCUCCAUGUCUUGGCCCUCCCGGUCCAGCUCUGUGAAAUCCCCAGGGGAAAUUCUGCUCUGAUCAAAUGCCUGAACAUGGAGCUCUUGAGACUCAGCCAGGAUCUAUCAGAGGAGCUGAACCCCAGUGUGUAUGUGGCCCUUCGUCUUUCUGCUGACCACAGCCUGAAGAAAGAAGCCCAGUACCUCCAGAGGCUGAAGGAUGUCUUCCAGCCCAGCACCAGCAGCUCUGUAGCAGGUGGCCAGCAGAAGCAGCCCAACACGGGCCGCCUGGCUCUGUACCUCCUAGCACUGCGGGCUGCCUGCCAGGACAUGGACACGCUCCUGGGGAGGCAGCUGGUGACCCAGCUGAAGUACCAUCUGCACAAGGAGAAGGAGCAGAUAGCUUUCAAAGGGAAUGGCCGUCCCAUCACCAGUUACUACCAGUACAGCCUGGGGGUCUUGGCCCUGUGUGUCCAUGGCAAGAAGAUUGACACCCAUGUGAUCCAGAAGCUCCUCAAUGCUGAGAAGCACAACAAGUUCACGCAUGGCGUCAAGCUCUCCAUGGACACGAAGGCCAUGGCAGGCUUGGCCUUCACCUGCCUGGAGCAGGCCAACCUCUACGAGCCCAGGCUAGUGGCAGCAAUCAACCUGGCUAUCCAGAGAGUGACGGGCAGUAUUCUCCAGGCUCAGACCACCAAGGGCACCUUUGGCAACAUCUUCAGUAGCCCACUGGCCAUGCAGCUCUUGAUUGCCACCGGGAUGAGCAAGAAGCCAGAGUGUUCCAAAGGCAUGGAUGCCCUGCUGGGGAGCCUGGAACAGGGUCACUUCCAGAACCCCAUGAUCAUGUCCCAGCUGCUGCCCGUGCUGGAUGGCAAGAGCUACCUGGACAUCGCCACCAUGGAGUGCCGGGCAGAGCAAGACACUUUGGAGCGAGACACCAGGUGCCCGGGAUCCAGGACAGUAAUUCUGGGGACCAAGAUGAUCACCGUUCACCUGGCUGUGGAGCACCCUCCGAGCCCUGAGACACUGUACAACCACUCCAUCCAGAUGCCCUUUGGGUCCUCCCUCCUGGACUUGCUGAGAACUGCUGCAGAGCAGGGCCCUGGGCAGUUCACGUUUGAAACCCAGAACACCCUGCAUGGGCCAUUGUUAACUGCAGUGAUGGGGGUGAAAGCCAGCAAUGGAGAGCGGAGAUACUGGCAGCUUCUCCAGGCCCCAGACACCAGUCUUCAGAAAGGUAUCUCUGAUUACCAGCCUCAGGAUGGAGAGUCCAUCAUCCUGAAGUUUAGCCCGUGGUAGAUGGCCUGCUGUCUGCUUCCAGCUCCCUGCCCCACCUCGAUCCAUGGUGAACUCUGUGUGCAUCUCUCUCUGCCCCAGAAGCAGGAUGUCUCAGUUGGCAAGGACAGCAUGCAUCUGUCAACCUGUGAGUCCUGUGCCCACAGAGCGGUAUCUUCCUCCCCACAGACUGAAGUCCAUAAUGCAAGUCCCUGGCCCUUCUGGCAGGAUGUGUGUGCGUGUGCCUAUCUGUCAAAAGGGGCAAAUUCCCACCUGCCCUGGUAACCUGUUCUGCUGUGGAUCACCCACAACCAUCCAGUCGAUGGAAACUGACCAUGCCAGGGGGUGGGGAGCAGCAGAUUUGGUUUGAAUGAAAAACCUCCAAUAUGACAACUCAGCGCAUCAUAAUUCUGAUUUUCUAAUGCAGCUUUAACCCUUGCUAUGCUGUGGCUGUCUAAACUGCCACCCAAUGAGUACGUGGGAGGAGGUGCCUGCAUCCUCCUGCUGGACACACUUUGCCCCCCCCUCCCCCCCCACACACUGUACCAGUGCCCUGGUAUGACUGGGGUCCUGGGGAUUCUCUAGACUGCAUCCCUCUGUAUAGCAGUCACUGCCCAGCUCGCAGGCCAGGGCUCCCCUCCCUGCUCCCGCCCCAAUUCCUGAAGCGACAGAACUGCUACUAUGAGGAGAGGAUGUGGCUGAUAUCUUUGCUUUCUGGAGAGCAGUGGGUGGGAACCCAGGCCCUGUGCCAAGGGGAGAUGGUGCCCCCAAGCAGCCACUCUACCUCAGUCUGACAUUUGGAUCUGAAAUGAUUAAAGCUUUGAUUGCAAA